AUGGCUGACCGUCGUCCAGAAGCAGAGGGGAUGCCCCAGGCAAAGCGAUCAAAGACUGGGGAUCUGGAUCCAGCUGCGAACCCCUACCUUGCCCACAUGUACGACAACGGAGAUGUUGACUCCCGCAACAACAGCUAUGGAGCGCGAAAUGGCAACAAUAAUGGCGCGAGGAGUCAAACUUCACUGGCGGAUUUCAAGAGACAUGCCACCACUGCAGGUCAGGCUCACGCCGCGGAAGAUGGACCUCUGAAUCCCCUCAACAACUCGCCUCUCUCGAAGCAAUAUUUUAACAUCCUGAAGACAAGACGAGAUCUGCCAGUCCACAAGCAAAGGCAAGAAUUUCUUGAUAUGUUCCAUAAGACCCAGAUUCUCGUCUUUGUUGGUGAGACCGGUUCUGGUAAGACGACUCAAAUUCCGCAAUUUGUGUUGUUCGAUGACCUUCCCCAUUUCCACGGAAAGCUCGUGGCAUGUACACAACCACGUCGAGUGGCUGCCAUGUCAGUGGCCCAGCGUGUCGCGAACGAGAUGGACGUGAAGCUUGGCGAAGAGGUUGGAUACAACAUUCGAUUCGAGGACGUCACUGGCCCAAAGACCAUUCUCAAGUACAUGACAGACGGUAUGCUUCUACGCGAGGCUAUGCACGAUCAUAACUUGACGAGGUAUAGCUGCAUCAUUCUUGAUGAGGCCCACGAACGUACACUUGCCACUGAUAUAUUGAUGGGAUUGCUGAAAGAAGUUGCGUUAAGGCGGCCAGAUCUGAAGAUCGUGAUUAUGUCGGCCACACUUGAUGCGCAAAAGUUCCAACGGUAUUUCAAUGACGCUCCUCUCUUGGCAGUUCCUGGAAGAACUCAUCCUGUGGAGAUUUUCUACACGCCUGAGCCCGAACGAGACUAUGUCGAGGCAGCUUUGCGGACUGUCCUACAAAUCCAUGCUACCGAGCCGGAAGGGGAUAUCUUGCUUUUCCUGACAGGAGAGGAAGAAAUCGAGGAUGCGUGCAGGAAGAUAUCUUUAGAAGCAGAUGAGAUGAUUCGGGAGGCUGAUGCUGGGCCAUUAAAGGUCUACCCCCUAUACGGAACGCUACCUCCGCAACAGCAACAGCGCAUCUUCGAGCCAGCACCACCACCGGCCAGACCAGGCGGCCGUCCAGGUCGAAAAGUGAUUGUGGGAACGAACAUUGCGGAGACCAGUUUGACCAUCGAUGGAAUCGUUUACGUUGUGGAUCCUGGUUUCAGCAAGCAAAAGGUCUACAAUCCUCGGAUUCGUGUAGAAUCAUUGCUCGUAUCCCCUAUAUCGAAGGCGUCCGCCCAACAACGAGCUGGUCGUGCUGGUCGCACGCGACCUGGCAAAUGCUUCCGCUUGUACACUGAAGCCGCUUUUAAGAAAGAACUCAUCGAGCAGACGUACCCCGAAAUUCUCCGCUCGAAUCUUGCAAAUACGGUUUUGGAGCUCAAGAAGCUGGGGGUUAAUGAUUUGGUGCAUUUCGAUCUGAUGGACCCCCCUGCACCAGAAACGCUGAUGCGAGCCCUUGAGGAACUCAACUACCUAGCUUGUCUUGAUGAUGAAGGAGAUCUCACUGCCCUAGGACAGCUUGCCUCGGAAUUUCCUCUCGAUCCGGCACUUGCUGUUAUGCUCAUCUCGUCUCCUGAGUUCUAUUGCUCAAAUGAGAUUCUCUCACUUACUGCACUCCUUUCAGUUCCUCAAAUUUUCGUUCGUCCCGCAAGCGCACGAAAGCGGGCAGAUGAGAUGAAGGCUCUCUUUACACACCCCGAUGGCGAUCACCUGACAAUGUUAAAUGUAUAUCAUGCAUUCAAGGGUCCCGAGGCCCAGGGCGACCCCAAGCGAUGGUGCCAUGAGCACUUCCUGAGCCUUCGAGCUCUCCAAUCCGCCGAUAACGUUCGCCAGCAAUUGAAGCGGAUCAUGGAGAAAAAUGAGUUGAACCUAGUCAGCACGGACUUCAACGACAAAAAUUAUUAUACUAAUAUUCGACGUGCCCUAGUGGCCGGGUUUUUCAUGCAAGUUGCCAAGAAGGAUGCUACAGGAAAGACGUACAAAACAGUGAAGGAUGAUCAGAGCGUGUUGCUUCAUCCAAGUACCGUGCUCGGUGUCGAUAGUGAAUGGGUUGUAUAUAAUGAAUUUGUCCUGACGACUAAGAACUAUGUCAGGACGGUCAUCGCUGUCCGGCCGGAAUGGCUGCUGGAUAUUGCACCGAAUUACUACGAUCUUUCGACCUUCAAGGCUGGGGAAGUCAAGACUGCCCUUCAAAGAACGCUAGACAGAGUCAAGAGAAAACAGGCGACAAAACGUGAUAGAUAG